UUCAUCUUUGGAUUUGGUUUUUGAGUGUUUCUUGAAAACCUUAUCUCUUCAACACUCUCUCUAAUUCUUCCUUCCUUCCUAUCCAUAAACCCUAGCAAAAACCCUAGCAAAAACAUGGCUUUUCUCCCUUGUCCAUUGAGAUAUAGCAAAAUUAACAGUCUUUUUCUACUGAGAAAGUCUUCAUCUUCACUAACAUCAAAAAGGGUGUCCAUUAAUUCCAUUUCCCAUAUCUUCAGUGACAAAUUUAGUCCCAGAAAUGCCCUCCCAGUACCUCAAGUUCACAGCUUUACCACUUCUUUAACUAUAUCAGCACCACCAAUGAACUGGGUUGAUGGUAAAUUUGGGUAUAGUGUUAAGGGGUUUCAUGGGGGUGGUUGUUGUUUGCAGGCUGCGACGGCGACGGCAAUGGCGAUGGUGGAUUUAGAAGAGGAUUGUGAAGAAGGGCUUGAGAUUUCGAAACUUGGGAUUUCUGAGGAAAUUGUUUCUGCUUUGGCACAAAGGGGAAUUACUAGUCUUUUUCCAAUUCAGAGAGCUGUUUUGGAACCAGCAAUGCAGGGGUCAGACAUGAUUGGCCGAGCUAGAACUGGAACUGGAAAGACACUAGCUUUUGGCAUUCCUAUCAUGGAUAAGAUCAUUCGCUUCAACAGAAAAAAGGGACGGGGAAGAAACCCUUUAGCAUUGAUCUUGGCUCCCACUAGAGAACUUGCACGCCAGGUGGACAAGGAAUUUUAUGAGUCUGCUCCUGUUUUGGAUACGCUGUGUGUUUAUGGUGGGGUACCCAUUUCACGCCAAAUGAGUACUCUUGACAGGGGAACUGACAUUGUUGUUGGGACACCUGGUCGUAUCAUUGAUUUGCUGAAGAGAGGGUCAUUAAAUUUGUCGGAUAUCCAGUUUGUUGUUCUAGAUGAAGCUGAUCAGAUGCUUAAUGUGGGAUUCGCAGAGGAUGUUGAAACCAUUCUAGAAAAUAUUAGGCAGAAACAUCAGACAAUGAUGUUUUCAGCCACGAUGCCAAGUUGGAUAUUGAAACUUACCAAGAAGUUCUUGAAGAAACCAAUUCACGUUGAUCUUGUAGGAGAUUCUGACCAGAAAUUAGCUGAUGGCAUUUCUUUGUAUUCAAUUGCUUGUGAGAUGCGUCAGAAACCAGCAGUUCUUGGACCCUUAAUAUCGGAGCAUGCAAAAGGAGGCAAGUGUAUUGUCUUCACUCAAACAAAGCGUGAUGCUGAUAGGUUGGCGGGUGCAAUGCAAAGAACUUUGAGGUGUGAAGCUUUGCAUGGAGAUAUCUCACAAAGCCAGAGGGAGAGAACUCUAUCUGGUUUCCGACAAGGUCAAUUUAAUGUAUUGGUGGCCACCGAUGUUGCUGCCCGAGGACUUGAUGUACCUAAUGUUGAUCUGGUGAUACAUUACGAACUUCCGAACAAUUCAGAGAUCUUUGUUCAUCGAUCUGGUCGAACUGGACGUGCUGGUAAGAAAGGAAGUGCCAUUCUCAUGCAUUCCUCAAAACAGCAUAGGGAUGUAAAAGGUAUUGAACAUGAUGCCGGAUGCAGAUUUACUGAGCUCCCAACAAUUAAAGUAGAGGCUGGAGCAGCAGAAAUGUAUAGUGAAAUGGGAAAAGAUGUUGGCCGCCUUGGCUCCUCUGGAGGAGGCACCAUGCGUAGUCGAUCUAGUGAUUUUGGUGGAGGUCGUUCUGGUGGCUAUGGAGGUGGAGGUCGUUCUGGUGGCUAUGGAGAGGUGGAGGUCGUUCUGGUGGCUAUGGAGGUGGAGGUCGUUCUGGUGGCUAUGGAGGUGGAGGUCGUUCUGGUGGCUAUGGAGGUGGAGGUCGUUCUGGUGGCUAUGGAGGUGGAGGUCGUUCUGGUGGCUAUGGAGAUAAGAGCAGCAAGUUUGGUCGAGAAGGCUCUUCAUCUUCUGUUCGAACAGGUGGAUAUGGUGCAACUGGUUCAGGAAGAUCAAGAGGUGGCUUUAGUGGACCUAGCUCGGGCCGCUCAGGAAAGUUUGGUGGUGGUUCAGGAGACACACGAGGCUCAAAACGUUUGGGUGGUUUCCGUAACUUUGGUGAUUUUGGAAGCUCCAAAAGUUCAAAUCAGUCGACUAAUUUUGCAGAAGAGUUUGGUUCAGGCCGUUCUAGAAGAUUUGGAGAUUCAGAUUAUGACCGAAACAACCGUUCUAGCCGUUUUGAUGUCUUCGGAGAUGACAAGGAUAGUGGUGAAUGGUGAUCAGAGUUGGGGGAGGAACUAUUUCCAACUCUGUUGCAAGGAGGCGUGGCCACUCAAUAGAUGACGGUGAAGAUGAAACUCCGAUAUGUGAAGUAUGUGUGUUGAUUACCAGGUGCUGUAGAGUAGCAGCAGCUGCAGAUGGUGAUGCUACAACUCGUUACAGUAGAAAAUAACACUUCAACAUUCACUUGAUCUCGAAAGGUACCUACAUGCUAUAUGUAACCGAUAGCUUACCAAGUUCUUACCAUUGCUGGCGUUAUGUUUCUUCGCUUUAUGUUUAUAAUCUUUGAUCUCAAGCUUGAAAUGAAUAUUUUUUGCAAGAGAUCAUGUUGGUACUUGCUAGUAGUAGUGGUUGUAAUGUUCAGUAUAAAUUUUGGACAAACCUUGACUUUAUUAUUAGGAUGUAUUGAAUUGUUGAAUCAACAGGUGAAAAGGCUUACAGUGGAAAGUAUAUUGUUUUUCUUUUGCA